UAGGUCAACACGCAUAGGGCAGCUAAGCGUAUCUACUCGGCACGUUCGUUCAAAUCCGCUGCGCCAUUGCGCUAAGCUUCCGCGAAACGCGUCGCGAGUUCUCUGAUAUUGCUAUCCAACACGGUGAACAAUUAAUUAUAAACGUUGACACAUGCGCCUACUACGGUACCAUCGAAAUUUUGAGAUUUGGCUAUUGUGAGGAUCAACGGGUUGUGUAUUAUAGUGUGUCGAUUCAUUUGGUUGCAGAUAAUAUGAAUCUAGAGGAGUAUCGCAAGCAUGGAAAAGAAGUGGUGGAUUACAUUGCCGAUUAUCUGGCGAAUAUUCGAUCUCGACGCGUUUACCCAGCGGUUUCUCCCGGUUACUUGAGAAACGUUUUGCCUACAUCCGCACCUGUGGAUGGCGAACCUUGGGAGGAUAUAUUCGCGGACAUCGAAAAGUGCAUCAUGCCAGGAGUGACGCAUUGGCAGAGUCCACACAUGCACGCCUAUUUUCCAGCCCUUAAUUCACCUGCAAGUCUGCUAGCCGAUAUGCUGGCCGACGCAAUCAAUUGUCUUGGAUUUACUUGGGCUUCGAGUCCUGCGUGUACAGAACUCGAGACAAUCGUAAUGAACUGGCUCGGGAAAAUGAUUGGCCUGCCAGAUAAAUUCUUACAUUGUCCUGGAGGAUCUGGAGGUGGUGGCGUGAUACAAACAACCGCAUCCGAAGCCACUCUCGUUUGCUUACUCGCAGCGAGAACCCGAGCAAUUAGAGACGUGCAACAAAAUGAACCGGAUCGUUUUCCCGCUGAGAUUAAUUCGCGUCUUGUCGCGUAUUGCUCUGACCAGGCUCAUUCCAGUGUAGAAAAAGCUGGAUUGAUAGGAUUAGUUCGAAUGAAGUACAUCGAAUCUGACAAUGAACUAAGUAUGAGAGGAGAGGCUUUGCUCGAAGCAAUAACGCACGACAGAGCUGCGGGAUUACUUCCCUUUUUUGUUUGCGCUACUUUGGGUACAACGGGUGCCUGUGCUUUCGAUAAUCUCAAAGAAGUUGGUCUUGUGUGUGAACAGAAUGGACUCUGGUUGCACGUGGAUGCAGCUUACGCAGGCAGUGCAUUCGUGUGCCCUGAAUUUCGCGGCUGGCUUCAAGGAAUAGAAUAUGCCGAUUCAAUUGCAUUUAAUCCUAGUAAAUGGCUCAUGGUGCAUUUUGAUUGCACCGCUAUGUGGGUGAAAAGUAGCCAAGCAUUGCACAGAACCUUUAACGUGGAUCCAUUGUAUUUGAAGCAUGAAAACUCAGGACUUGCUAUCGAUUAUAUGCACUGGCAAAUUCCAUUGUCAAAGAGAUUCAGAGCGCUGAAAUUGUGGUUCGUCAUUAGAAAUUACGGAAUCACCGGUCUUCAGAAGCACAUUCGCGAGGGCGUCAGACUGGCACAAAAAUUUGAAGCGCUCGUUUUAGCAGACGCGCGCUUCGAAAUUCCAGCAACGAGGCAUCUUGGACUUGUAGUAUUUCGUCUUCGUGGAGAAAAUAAUUUAACAGAACGUUUAUUGAAAAAGAUGAAUUCGAGGGGCCGUGUUCAUUGCGUACCAGCUGCUUUGCAUGGGAAAUACGUGAUUCGAUUUACGGUCACUUCGACUAACACCACUAAUGAAGAUAUCUUAAGAGACUGGGCCGAGAUACGAAAUACAGCGAACGAAAUUCUAGGAGAUACCACAACUUCUCCUGUACGAGCAAAAGUUCCACUUGCAGAAAGCUCAGACACUCGAGAGAAGAACGAAAAUUUCGGUUCAAGUUUGUUGUUGGCUAAUUCUCCAAUGUCACCAAAAAUUGUGAAUGGCAGCUUCGCUGCAAUAUACGAUACUGCGGAUGUAUUCGAUGAAUGCACGAAAGCGUUUGGUCAACUACGCCUCGAAGCUAGAGAUAGUCCAGCUAUGCGGCGCCGAAUUCGAGGAAUAUUGAUGUCAGGAAAACAAUUCUCUUUAGAUUCCCGCAUGGAUCUCGUACAGGGAUACGUUAGCUGUCGUCCAGCUAGAGAAAUGGCGUCGGAAUUGCCAUUGCAAGAAGACGAAGAUUUUGGAACUAGUGAAAUCUCUGACGCUAAUCAAUCAAAAAAUGAUGAUCCUGGUGAAUGUUCAACCAACCAACAAGAGGCGGAAGUUUCCGGAAACAUAGACAAAUCAUUAAGAAGACAAAUUUCUAAUACUCGCUCAAAUUACGUCGUGAAUGGCUCGGUAAAGAUCGGUUCUCAAGACUGUUCGAAUACUCUAACGUCCAUAAUGUCUGCCGAAAGUAAUUUGCCGAGAAGCGAGACCAUAGCUGUGAUCGGUCAUCGUCCAUAUAGCAGCGAUUUGUCAUCGAUGCAGGGUCGCAAUGAGAAUCCUGAUGAAGGAAACGAAGGCAGCGUGGGGGACGCAGCUGUAUGCAGAAAAUGUGGCCAUUGCAUGAAGAAGGAAUAGAGUUACCCGUAAAUUAUAUUGUGACAGUUCCCGACUGUGUGUACUCCUUCGAUGUCGUCGAUGGAUUCUAUGUUGUUCAGAUUUAAGCGUGAUGCCUCGCAGGCCUCGCGACAAAUUGUUGAAGAGAAAGUACAUAAUCAGCUACAAUAUUAAAUCUGAAUUUACCGUCUAAAAAUUACCCUCUAUUUAAUUAACUUCCUUACCCCAUUUCUUUUAAGAAUAUUAUACAUGUACUCUUAUCGUGUAUUUAGAAUAUUAUAGUAGGGAUAUUUUAAGGAUAUUAUAAUACUAUGGUUUAUUUUCUCUGGACAAAGUUGUAAGAAUGACAGAAUUUUUGUCUUGAGUAAGUCAAGAGUGUAUUUUAAAUUAGAGAAACGGAUUGUUCUUGGGAUUGUUCGUAGUAUUUUUAACGGUGGACAUAUUCUGUGUUAUGUAUGAUAUAUUAUGUUCGAUGGGAUUGGAAGAUCAUUAUUUAUCAUGAAUUUCUGCUAAACAUUGAAACGCAAAAUUUAAGCAAAUAUUGUGCACUGUAUACUGCAAUAACCGAUUCGAAAAAGGAACGAAGAAAUAACGCGGAAAGAAAAUUUAACGGCAUAAAUUUUAUUGUAAAUUCUAGCACGACGGUCCUGAUUUAAUGUUCCUGGUCCAAAAAAAGAGCAGGGAAUAGGAUCUAAGAAAACAUUUCAAAAAAUAAUUCCAAUGACAUACAAAUUUUAUUGCGAAUUUGAAUACAACGAUGACGGAUCUGACCAAUCUAGGCCACGGUUAUAUUUUGUUUUCCAAUCUAUGGAAAACAUAUCUCAAAUACAAUUCAGCCUAUUGUGAAUGAUAAUUCUUUUUAACAGUUCCGUGCUUUAUAAUUCUCUCAUGGUUAAUAAUAAUUUAAAUGACGAAAAUAUCGCUUCGAUAUUAUAUAUUAACACGGUUUCCUUUUUUUUUUUU